CGCCUCUUGAAGCGUUGGACUUUCAGCAUUUUCUUCCGAUUUGCUUCUCGGGGCUCCAGGAAACGCUCGAGCCAUACCCAACGUUCGCCUACCGAGCGUGCAUGGAGUUGCUCGAGCAUGGCAUGGGCGACACGCGCGUCCUCCGCGCGCUGGCGGCGCUCAUGCCGCAUGUCAAGAGCGCGCUUGGCACGCGGGACAAGGAGGUCGUGCACCGAACGCUCCUCGUACUGCAGCAGCUCGCCGUCUGCCAAGGCGUGGGCGAGGCGCUCUCUGAAUACUACCGGUCGAUCCUGCCACUCUGCAACCUCCUCAAGGACAAGCACUUGGGCACGGGCGACAGCAUGACAAAGGCGCUCAUCCAAGAGACGCUCGAGAUCCUCGAGGGAUAUGGGAAGGACGACGCGUACCAGCAAAUCCAGCAGCACGUGCCCGCGUUCCAGCACAGCAACCAUAUCAAAUAAUCGUGUCGCUAUUGGAUUCUGCCGACACGAAAAGGUCGAUUAUAUAUAUAUAUAUCUUUCAAUGUAUC